GAACGAGAAGAAGAAGAAGCAGAGCAAACAAAGAGACUUCUGCAGAUUUUCGGGAAAAAUGAAAAAUGUGUGAAAUGCAAACAGAGGUGUGGUGAGGACUGCCUCUUCUUCUUCUGUGUUUGCAGCAGCAGCUUCAUCAUGUCGGAGGAAGCUGCAGGAGCAGAGCGAGGCCCGGAGGAGGAAGAGGAGGAAGGAGGAGGAGGAGGAGGAGGAGAUGAUGGUGUGAAGAACCCCAAAGGUCCUACAUACUGCAUCUGCCAGAAAGCUGACAUCAACUGUUUCAUGAUAGGGUGUGACUGCUGCUCUGAGUGGUUUCAUGGGAAUUGUGUUGGAGUCUCAGAAAAAGCAGCAAAAUCCAUCAGAGUGUGGUACUGCCCGUCCUGCAGAGACAAAGACUCCUCUCUGGAGAUCAAAUACCGUCCGAAGAAAACCAAAGAGAAGGAGAGUGAGGAGAAGCCUGAGGGAGACGGGAGCUCCACCCCUCAGACCAAGAUUGACAGGAGGCGGGGCUCACAGAUCAAGCGUUCAGCGCGGAUGUGUGGGGAGUGUGAGGCCUGUCUGCGCACGGAGGACUGCGCUCAGUGUGACUUCUGCAAAGACAUGAAGAAGUUUGGAGGUCCGAAUAAAAUCAGACAGAAGUGUCGCCUCCGGCAGUGUGAGGUCCGAGCCCGGAAGAUGCUUCGAGUCAAAGACGAGGAGAUGAAACGGAGCAGCAGGGGGCGGUGCCUAACGAGGAAAGGGGCGGGGCAUUAUACAGAGGAGGAGGAGGAUGACGAGGAGGAUGACGACGAUGAUGAUGACGUGGCCUUCAGUGAGAGCGAGCUGGAGCUUUACGAGCAGUACAAAGCUGCCGGAUACAGAGACCUGAUGUGGCACAGCGAGGAUGAGGAGGAGGAGCAGUCGGAGUCUCUGAGGAAGAAGGCGGUGAAGGUGAAACACGUGAAGAGACAGGAGAAGAAGCCGGAGAAGAAGGUGGAGAAGAAGGUGGAGAAGAAGGUGGAGAAAAAGGUGGAGAAGAAGGUGGAGAAGAAGGUGGAGAAGAAGAAAACUGUCUCCGCUCCCAAAGAGGAGGUGAAGCCUCGCCGUCACAAAGCGAAGCAGCGCCACAAGGAGCGAGUGCGUCACAGCGAGCGAGGAGGAGAGGGCGGGGCUAAGGAAGUGGGCGGGGCCUUGCGUCAGUGUCUGGGACCAGGAUGUGUCCAAGCAGCGAGGGCCAACUCCAAAUACUGCACCGACGACUGCGGCAUGAAGCUGGCCGCCAAUCGUCUGUAUGAGAUCCUGCCUCAGAGGAUCCAGCAGUGGCAGCAGAGGUCCCUGCAUCGCCGAGGAGUAGGGGCCGGAGGUCAGCUGGAGCGAAUCAGGAAGGAGCAGCAUGGCGUCGAGCUCCGGCUGACAACCAUGGAGAAACGUUUCCGACUGGAAGGCAUCAUCGCCAACGCCAAGCAGCAGCAGGUCCUACAGCACGAGGAGGAUUGA